CCUUCUUGACUGUCAGACACAAAACCAGUCAGACAUAAAAUACAGCUAUGAAUGUGAUGCUGUGACUUGGAGCUCUAUUCUAUGAGACACGAAGACCAACAAUGCAUUUUCUGCACAAACCUCUGCCCUACUUACUCUUUGGUGUUCUCUUUGAAUAUUUUACCACACUCUGUUCCCCUCUCCAAGUUUCUCCAGUGUCCUGUGGGUCCAAGAAUAUCUCUUCAUAUUACGGACACUGUGUCACAUCCCAAGAGGGAGUCCGUGAAUUAGUUUGCUUUGUACCUCUGGGCUUAAGUAGGAAUGGCUGGGAAUGUGUGUGGACACCUAGAAAGCAUCUUGUCUACCAAACACACAGAUACACACUCAUUAUAGAACAGAAAAUGAUUCACUCUUGCAAAAUGUAUGCAAACAUAUCAGGGACAUCUCAGACUUUUAAUCUGUCAAAAAAGCGCAACAUGACGGCUCAUGUGUUUGACGAGAGUGAUCCGAAGAGCUGCACAAAGAACGUUUUCAGCGGUUCACCUCAACAAUUGGUUCGAUGCGGCCCUCCAUCUAACGUCGACUUAAAUCGCCAUUCAAGACAGCUGGACAUCCAGGCCUCCUGGAGGAGGGAGGAGAACAAAUAUAUUGCGCUGUACUCUGUGAGGUACAAGGAGCUGAAGAGCCAGUCAUGGAAAGAGCCACCAGUGAAAUCCAAGGAUAGCAAUAGGUGCACUCUGGGUAAUCUUAACUCCUCACUGUCCUAUGUGGUGCAAAUACAGUGUGUGGCCAACGACAAAUGUACCCAGUGCCCCUGGAGCAAGAAUUUCACUGUUCCACCUGAACUUACUGAUAAGCCUGUCAUGGAGAUGGUAGAAGAUUUUCCACAAACCAAAGGAAGUAGAUUAGUGAUCAUAAAAUGGAAGUUUGCAGCCAGUGAGUUAGCGGAGGGCUACAGUGUGACAGUGGGGAAGGCCUCAGGAGAGGACCCCAUUGAGGCCUUCAACACCAGCAGGACCCUACUCCGACUGGCCCUGUCUCACUCAGCCUACCACCUCACCAUCACAGCCUUCAACAAGGCGGGGAACUCACCUGCAGCACAAAGGACUAUACCUCCACUGGACGACAAAGACUUAUAUGGGAGGCUGAAUGUGACAUUCAAUGGCAACAUGUCCUUCACUGUCUCCUGGGUGGAUGACCUGAUCAAAACCUACUCCUGCUUCUCAGUGGAGUGGUGGAGGAGAGGAGAGAAAGCUGCUCACAAGUCCUUCUAUGAGGAUGAGAACAACUAUGAAGUCAUACACUUGGAGGAGCCAUUAGAGCUGUAUAAGAAGUACACCUUCACUCUGCACACAAGGCCACAUAAAGAACCCUGCAACCUGAAGUUCAUCAACAACAGCGAGAGCACCUAUGGGAGCAUCCAGUCCUUCUUCACUGAAGGAUCCCCCAUCAGUGCCCCAGGGAACAUCACCAGCAGUAAUGUUAGCCAGAGUUCCAUGGUGCUGGAGUGGACGGCUGUCCCCGAGGAGGACAACAGAGGUUUCCUGCUGGGCUACUUCCUCCAUUACACAGAGAGGCUGCAGGACUGGACAGAUACUGAACCAAACAUCACUGUGGAUGCUGGUUCAACCAGCUAUGAGUUGGUAGACCUACAGAGCAGUACUGUAUACCGGGUCCAGUUGUCUGCCUUCACUAGUGCAGGAAUGGGAGUGAGAAGCUCGGCUGCAUACUUUGAAACCAAACCUGAAGCAUCCCUGACUGUGAGUGGUGUGAUAGCGGGGGCCAUUGUUGGAGUAACUUUACUCUUACUGGUGGUUCAUCUUGGCUCUCAGUUGUUAAAAAGAGCAAAGAAACUACUUUGGCCGAAUAUCCCCAAUCCAGGUAACAGCAAUGCCAUCCAGAAAAUAGAUGGGGUCUGCGAUGUGGAACUCCUGGAGCUCAUCAACCAGCAGAUGUUGAAGGAAGAAGACGGGGACUCCAACAGUCUACACAUUGUCAAUGGAAGAGAAGAAAUGUCUCCCGUUGGCAACCUCCAUCGCAAUGCUGACUCAUGUCUACACCUCAACACAGACCAUGGGGAGAGCCAAGGGCCUUCUCUGUCAACCAUAGCCACAGACAGAGCUCAAGAUCCAACUUCUGACACCAUUACAUCUAUUCCCACAGACAUGAGACAGACGGACCCUGUCCUCAUCAGUACGGUGGCCCACCAGUGCCACCCGUUGGCCUUUCUAAGUGAUUACACCACCAUGGAACUCUUCCAACAGGCUAUGCCACACUGUGUUCCAACCAAUACGUCGUCAUCAUCAUUGUCAUCAUUGGAAUCCCAGGAUCAGUCAAGCCAGAUCAGUCAAGCCAGAUCAGUCAAGCCAGGCCAGAGUUAGAUUACAUCCACCAGACAUAACGCAGCACCAGUCCAUCUCUGAACACUAAGGUGGUUCUUUGAGAAUGUUUACUGUAGAUUCUAGAAUCUGCUUUUCUCACUGAGAUGCUGUGCAACCAUUCUAGGCGCUCUCAAUACGAUGGGAUUGUCAUAACUCUGGAAUGAGAAAACGUUUAAUGAUGUAGGGGAACUCAUAACAAACUCAAGCUGUUAUCCUGUCAAUACAUGUAUUGAUAGCUGCUAUGUGUUAGCCACAAGAUAGUGUGUUGAGGGAUUGUCCAAGAAGCAGACAUUGCACAAGAGUGGCGUUGAUUGACUGCUCUUUAUAUGAAUGAGACUUUUUAAUGGUUUUAAAUGAAAUCAUGGAUUAGAAACCAUUUUAUUCUCUGUUUAUGUAAACUGGCAUAGUGGACCUGUUUUGGUGUUUUCUUGAUGGAGGAAAACGAUGUCUCAGACACCGCUGCUGAGACUUCCAUAAGUGUUUAAUUGGGUUGAGAUCUGGUGACACGCCCUUUAAAACACCCUAUGUUCCUUUGAGACCCCUCUUACAAAGUCACUGAGAUCUUGUCUUCUAGCCAUGGUAGCCAAAAUAAUGGCCAACUGGACAUUUUUAUACAUGACCCGAAGCAUGAUAGGAUGUUAAUUGCUUAAUUAAGUCAGAAUCCACACCUGUGAGGAAGCACCAGCUUUCAAUAUACUUUGAAUCUCUCAUUUACUUCAUUUUGGCAGUUACCUGUAGAUACACUAUAUAUACAAAUGUAGGACACCCCUUCAAAUUAACGUGAUUUGUCA